AUAAUUCAAAAUCAUGAGAUAAGUUAGAAAAAUUGCCUGCACAAAAUUGUAAAGAGGUUGUCAAUUAACAAGUCAAAUAAAAAAAAAGGGGUUUCCUUUUGGUUUGAUUUCACUAAACUACUUUGGUUUGUGAUGGCAGCUCUUUGGAACACCAGGAAUCUCACCAUGGCUGAUGCCCCAAAUCCAUUUCAACUCCCCAAUAUUACCAAGUUUAAGAUUGCUCUCUGUCAGUUGUCAAUUACUUCAGACAAGAACCAGAAUCUUGAUCGUGCCUCUCGUUCGAUAAGACUUUCUGUCGAGCAAGGCGCAAAGCUGCUUGUUUUACCAGAAAUGUGGAACUGUCCUUAUUCAAGUGAUUAUUUUGCAAAAUAUGCUGAGGAUUUUGACAAUAGAGAUGCCUCGCCAACAUUGUCCAUGUUAUCUGAAGCUGCUUGUUGCCAUGGGAUCACAAUCAUAGGAGGAUCUUUGCCUGAAUGGGAUCAUGGUCGGUUGUACAAUACUUGCUGCAUAUUUGGACCAGAUGGAAGGCUGAAAGCUAAGCACAGGAAAAUACAUCUGUUUGACAUUGACAUUCCAGGAGAGAUUUCAUUCAAGGAAUCUGACACCUUCACUGCAGGGGAUCAACCUACCAUUGUGGACACAGAAGUUGGUCGAAUCGGAAUAGGAAUUUGUCAUGAUAUACGAUUUCCUGAACUUGCUGCAUUAUACAGGAAAAGAGGGGUUGACAUCAUAUGCUAUCCUGGGGCAUUCAACGUGAGCACUGGUGAAUUGUUGUGGGAGCUGGUACAGAGAGCUAGGGCCGUCGAUAACCAGUUAUUUGUGGCAACUUGCUCACCCUCCCGAAACUCCACUGGUUCUUAUACAACUUGGGGCCAUUCCACACUAGUUGGACCGUCUGGAGAGAUAAUUGUUACCUCAGGGCAUGAGGAAACUACUGUCAUUGCACAGAUUGAUUACUCUAAUAUUCAGCUCCAAAGAAAGAGUCUCCCACUUGAUGAUCAAAAGCGAGAAGACAUCUACAAGUUUAUCGAUGCACAUGAAUUAAAUCCUUGAAGAAUGGAAACUCAUCAUAACAUUAGCUUCGCCACAAGAACUGCAAAACCCAAGAAUAACUCUGUUUUGUGUAGUAAAUUGUUUGGUGGCAUCUACCAUUUGAGUUAGAAACAUAUGUUUAAAAUAUGUUCCCCACAUGUUAUAUUAUGGGAUAUUAUGGGAACUGUCAAGUUGGAACAGAGGUCCAUAUAUACAUACAUGUGAGCUAAACUGGAAAUCUAGUAUUAUAAAAUGUCAAAUGUUUUUUUUU